ACUCUUCCAGGUUCUUCCUCCCUCGGUGGAGUUAAGAUUAGUAGUCACCGGAGAACUGAAAGCCACCACUUCCUCGUCCUCCUCCGCCGGCUCCGCCGCCGCCGCCGCCGCCUUCCUCCCUCUUUGUUUUCUGUACGCUUCUUCCUCUCUCCAAACCGGCAAAACGCCCAGUCGAAACUAAUUGCUUUGGAACCUAUAACCCAUCUAGAAAUUUGUCCUCUCCCUUUUUGGAGUUAGGUUUGCUUCUGUUGUGGGGUUUGCCAAGGAAAGAUGAGGCUGCCUAAUUUUGUAAGGGGUUCUAACUCAUCUCCAUAUGGUUCUAUGCUCAAAGAUACUGGAGGCAAGAGAGCCUAUUUUUGCAGCUUUCUCCUGCUGGGUGCUGUCCUCGGUGUAGCCUGCCUUGUGGGGACUCCGUCUUUUGCUAAUAACAAAGGAAUAUUGUUUGGAUGGGGAGCAAUUGAGCCAACUCAGAAUAAGUUGUCCACUUUAUGCAAGACUCAAUGCAAACCUUCUGGGAGUGAGCCAUUGCCUCAAGGCAUUGUUAGCAGGACAUCAAACUUAGAAAUGCAACCAAUGUGGGGAUCUCUACACCCUCAAAAGAAAAAGCACGUAGCAAAGGCAUCUAAGAGCUUGUUGGCCAUGGCAGUUGGAAUAAAACAAAAAACAGUUGUGGAUCAAAUUGUUGAGAAGUUUUUCUCCAGCAAGUUCACUAUAAUGCUUUUCCAUUAUGAUGGUGUGGUUGAUGAGUGGAGAGACUUACAAUGGACUGAUAGUGCCUUACAUGUCUCUGCAAUCAAUCAGACAAAAUGGUGGUUUGCCAAGCGCUUCUUACAUCCAGAUAUAGUUGCUGAGUACAAUUAUAUAUUCCUUUGGGAUGAAGAUCUUGGAGUAGAGCAUUUUCAUCCUGGACGUUAUAUAUCAAUCAUUGAGAGGGAAGGGUUAGAGAUAUCACAACCUGCAUUGGAUGUUGCUAAAUCAGAGGUGCAUCAUCAAAUCACUGCACGUGGGAGGCAAGGAGAUGUGCACAGAAGAAUUUACAAGUUGAGAGGUGGUGGGAGGUGUUAUGAGAACAGUACUGCACCUCCAUGCACAGGGUGGGUAGAGAUGAUGGCUCCUGUGUUCUCAAGAGCUGCAUGGCGUUGUGUGUGGUAUAUGAUCCAGAAUGACUUGAUUCAUGCAUGGGGCCUAGACAUGAAGCUUGGUUACUGUUGUCAGGGUGAUCGGACGAAAAAUGUUGGAGUGGUGGACAGUGAAUAUAUAGUUCAUAUGGGUACACCUACACUUGGUGGUUUUGAUGAGAACAAGCCAAAUGCAGAAUUAAGUGGUCAUGCUCAUGCUCCUGUAUCCGAGUCAUCUUACUUGGGAACAAUGGUGCCUCAUGGAUCAUCUGGUGUCACAGAUAGAUAUGCAGUAAGGCGCCGGUCUUAUGUGGAACUGAGGGUUUUCCUAACAAGAUGGAAAAAUGCAGUGGCAGAGGAUGAGUGCUGGAAUGAUCCAUAUCCACAAGCAGGAAAGAAUUUGAACAGAUAGUAUGGCUCCGUGUCUUACUGGAUUGCCUUGAGCUCUCCUUAAGUUCACUCAGAUCAUACACCGAGCUAGUUGAUGCAAACAUGGAACAACCGCAGAAGUGAAGUACAGUGAAGUAUGAGAGACAGCAUAGGAUACAAGUACUGAUGUCAGCCUAAAAGUUUUCCGUCAAGUUGAUAUUUGUAAGUCCAUAGUUACUCAACAGUUAAUAGAGGUGCUUUAAUAUUAGCAAAUAUAGUUGUAAUUAUCUAUUCUUUGUCAGUACAACAUUUUUUACCUUUCUAUUUUGCCUUGUACAAAAAAGAAUCCUUAUAGUUUUGUGUUAGCAAGAACUUUUUUAAGACAAAAAUGUAUUUAAGCUUCAUGGAUGUUAUUAUCAUUUAUUAUCGGGCUGGCAUUUGUCAUCCUGGACUUCGUAGAA